AUGACACAACAACAGACACCAUCCCUCCAACAUCCGACUCCAGGGGUGAGGAUCAGGACUACAUCUGCCCUCACUGCAACCGUACCUUCACCACACGCAUCGGCCUGGUCAGUCACUUGCGAAUCCAUCGUCCAGAGACUGGCGAACCAGUGCCAGGAGCACCAACCUACACCCACCGCAAUCGCCUCCCCUGCCCACACUGCCCUCGCACUUUCACGCAUCGCAUUGGCCUAUUCGGCCACGUGUGCAUCCACGAGAACGGAAUUGACCGCCCUCCCGACUCACCCACCACGCCAAACCCCAUCCCCACUUCAUCACCCUUUGCGCCCAUCACCGUUAUCGCAACUGACACCGACACCACCGACUUCGCCUGCCCACACUGUCCACGCACAUUCACCUCUCGCCACGGGCUGGUCGGUCACUUGCGAAUUCAUCGCACGGAGACUGGCGAACCAGUGCCUGGAGCACCAACAUAUACCCACCAAGCUCGCCUCCAUUGCCCACACUGCCCUCGCACUUUCACGCAGCGCAUGGGCCUACUCGGCCACAUGCGCAUCCACGACGACCUGCGGUAGACAACCGCCACACCAUAACACCCUGCCUCCACCACCACCACCACCACCACCGCCGCCGCCGCCGCCGCCGCCACCGCCACCACCACCACCACCACCACACACCAACAUUCACACACCGCAAGCACAUAACUACAACUUCCCACGCAGGUGGGAAGUGUGCAUCUCGACUCGGUCCCCAUGCGGCUUCGGCUGCACGGGUGACCUGAGUCCGAGACUAUCCCAACACGUCAACCGUCGUGGAUAG